AUGGUGUUCGACGCGAGCGGCAGCAGCUCGCCGGCGACGGCGCCGCCGUCGGGGAACCCUCUGGGCGUGAUCCUGACGCGCGGGUUCGCGCGGCAGGUGCUCCUGGGGCGGUGGUUCACGGUGUUCGCGAGCCUGCUGAUCAUGGCGGCCUCCGGCGCGACGUACAUCUUCGGGAGCUACUCCGGCACGCUCAAGUCGUCGCUCGGGUACGACCAGCGCACGCUCAACACGGUCUCCUUCUUCAAGGACCUCGGCGCGAACCUGGGCGUCUUCUCGGGGCUCAUCAACGAGGUCACGCCGCCGUGGGUGGUGCUGGCCAUGGGCGCCGGCAUGAACCUCUUCGGCUACCUCAUGGUGUACCUCGCCGUGUCGGGACACACGUCGCGCCCGCCGCUGUGGCUGGUGUGCCUCUACUUCUUCGUGGGCGCCAACUCGCAGUCGUUCGCCAACACGGGCGCACUGGUGACGUGCGUCAAGAACUUCCCGGAGAGCCGCGGCGUGGUGCUGGGCAUCCUCAAGGGCUUCGUCGGCCUCAGCGGCGCCGUGUACACGCAGCUGUACCUGGCGCUGUACGGCGGCGACGACGCCGAGUCGCUGAUCCUCCUCAUCGCGUGGCUCCCCGCGGCCGUGUCCGUCGUGUUCGUCCACACCAUCCGGUACAUGCCGUACCCGCGCCGGCGCCGUGGCGGGGGCGGGCAGGAGACGAGCUCCGACCCGUUCUUCUGCUUCCUGUACCUGUCUAUCGCGCUGGCGUGCUUCUUGCUCGUCAUGAUCGUGGUGCAGAAGCAGGUGACCUUCUCCCGCGACGCGUACGGCGUGGCCGCCGCGCCGCCGCUCAUCCUCCUCCUCAUGCCCCUCUGCGUCGUCGUCAAGCAGGAGUACAAGAUCUUCCGCGAGCGCCAGCUCGACGCCGCGCUCCGCGCCGCCGACCCCACGCCGCCGACCAUCACCGUCGUGGACGACGCCGGCGGUGCCGGUGCCGGUGCCGGUGCUCCACCAUCAUCCAGCGUCCUCCAGAUGUCAGCAGCAGCAACGGACGGCACCACCACCAAGAAAACAGAGCAGCAUCCGGCGGCGCCGACGCCGACGCCAACGUCGUCGUCUUGCCUGGGAUCGUUCGGCAAGUGCGUUCGAACCAUGUUCCGCCCGCCGGCCCGUGGCGAGGACUACACGAUCCUACAGGCGCUAGUGAGCGUGGACAUGCUAGUCCUGUUCGUGGCGACCAUCUGCGGCGUGGGCGGCACACUAACAGCGAUCGACAACAUGGGCCAGAUCGGCGAGUCCCUCGGCUACCCAUCCAAGAGCAUCAACACCUUCGUGUCCCUGAUCAGCAUCUGGAACUAUGCCGGGCGCGUGACCGCCGGGUACGCCUCGGAGGCGUUGCUGGUCCGGUACCGCGUGCCGCGCCCGGUGCUCCUGACGGGCGUGCUCGUCCUGGCGUGCGCGGGGCACGUGCUGAUCGCGCUGGGCGUGCCCCAGUCCCUGUACGCCGCGUCGGUGGUCAUCGGGUUCUGCUUCGGCGCGCAGUGGCCGCUCGUGUUCGCCAUCAUCUCCGAGGUGUUCGGGCUCAAGUACUACUCCACGCUCCACAACUUCGGCGGCAUGGCCAGCCCCGUGGGCUCGUACAUCCUCAACGUCCGCGUCGCCGGGCGGCUCUACGACGCGGCCGCCGCGCGGCAGCACAACGUCGGCGGCGGCGGGAAGCACGAGAGGCUCUGCCUUGGCGUCGAGUGUUACAAGCGGUCGUUCCUGAUCAUCACGGCGGCCACGGUGGCCGGCGCGCUGGUGUCGCUGGUGCUGGUGUGGCGGACGUGGAGGUUCUACAGGGGCGACAUCUACGCGAGGUUCCGCGACGGGGACGGCGCCGAGGGCUCGGGAAAGGACGGGUGCCUGCCGGUGGACCGGCGGGGGGCGGGAGAGGAGGAGAUGGAGAGGGAGAAGGCGGAGGCGGAGGCGGCGGCCAACGGAAGGAAGGCGUGA